AUGGCUGUCGUAGCUGAUAUAUCACACGAUGCCAAAGAAAUCUAUGAUUCGAUAGCCGAACAGUAUGUGGAAGUCAAAAAAGCACCACAUCGUACUGCUGUUGAACAAUACACACUCUUCGACGUAAUGUUAUUGAAGAACGAGCCUGAACUUGGGAAAGGUGCACGUAUUCUGGACAUGGCUUGUGGUAAUGGACAUUGUACCCGCAAACUACGUGAGUUAUUUCCCGAAGCAUCUUACAUCUGUGGAGUAGACAUUAGUUCGUCGAUUAUCGGUAUCGCUAAACAAUGCGAAAGUCAAUUGCAACAGAAUAUCGAUUAUAUUGAUGGUGAUGGAAAAGAUUUGCCCAUCAGUGAGCCUUUGUAUGAUAUUGUGACUGCUGCGUAUUAUUUGAAUUACGCUCAGACAUGUGACGAACUCCGUAUAAUGAUUAAAGUUUUUAAACGUUCAGUGAAUAUUCAACCUAAUGUUAAUUUGAGUAAACAAAUGAAAUCAUUUAAUGAUAAUAAACAAUUUAACAAGACAAUUGAAUUAUUUGAUAAACUUAUAAAAAAUGAUACCAAUAUGUUGUCAAGUUUUAAUAUUACUCAAGUUUUAAAAGCAUGUGCUCAUCUCAAAGAUAUUCAACAUGGCAAAAUGAUUCAUCAUCUCAUAUCUUCACGUAUAAAAGAUGAUGAUUAUAUAUUAGCAUCAUUAAUUCAUCUAUAUAUGCAAUGUGGUGAUACAAUAAAUGCUGAAUUAUUAUUCGACACAGCAACAAAAAAGUCCUUGUCAAUGUAUGCAGCAAUGAUGAAAGGUUAUAUUAAAACUAAUCAAGCAAAUAAAGCAAUCGAUCUUUUCAAUGAAAUAAAAAAUCCUGAUGAAGUUAUUAUCAUUCUUUUAUUCAAUGCUUGUGCUCAAUUAGCAAAUAAAGAAACAUUACAUUUAAUCAAAGAUGUUACUUCAAAAAUUCCUAAAUCAUUUUAUUUAAAUUCUUAUCUAUUAACAUCACAGAUUGAUGCAUUGAUGAAAUGCCGUGAUAUACCAAAUGCUGAAGCAUUAUUUGGUAAAACAUUAAAUAAAACAUUAUCAAUGUAUGGAGCAAUGAUGAAAGGUUAUCUAUUACAUAAUGAACCGAAUAAGGCUGUUAACCUUUUUAAUGAAAUAAAAAAUCCUGAUGAAGUUAUUAUCAUUCUUUUAUUCAAUGCUUGUGCUCAAUUAGCAAAUAAAGAAGCAUUAUAUUUAAUAGAAAAAGUUUCAAAACAAAUUCCUGAAUCUUUCAAAUCGAAUCCUCGUAUUUUAACUUCUUUAUUAGAUGCAUUUAUAAAAUGUAGCGAUAUGAAAAAUGCUCAACUAUUAUUUGAUAAAACAUUAAAUAAAACAGUACCAAUGUAUGGAGCAAUGAUGAAAGGUUAUAUAUCAAAUAAUAUGAUAAACGAAGCAAUUGAAUUAUUCAAUAAAAUAAAAAAUCCUGGUGAAAUUGCUUUCACUCUUUUCUUUAAUGCCUGUGCACAGUUAGCUACUAAAGAAGCAUUAAAAUCAACAGAAAAAGUUUCAAAACAAAUUCCUGAAUCUUUCAAAUCAAGUCCUCGUCUGCUAACUUCUUUGUUAGAUGCUUUAAUGAAAUGUGGUGAUACAAUAAAUGCUCAAUUAUUAUUUGAUAAAACAUUAAAUAAAAUAAUACCAAUGUAUGGAGCUAUGAUGAAAGGUUAUUUAGAUAACAACGAAGAAAAUAAAGUAAUCAAUCUUUUCAAUGAAAUAAAACAUCCCAAUGAAAUUAUAAUAAUUUUGUUUCUUAAUGCUUGUGCUCAAUUAGGAAAUGAUGAAGGAUUAAAUUUAGUAAAAAAUUUUUUACUAAAAAAUGAAAAAAUUUGUUAUUCAAUAUCUGAUAUAUCAUUAAGUAUAAUAGAUGCAUUUAUUUCAUGUGGAGAUGAUUCAAGUGCUAAAACAUAUUUAUCAAAAAUAGAAGAAAAAAUAGAAAAUAGUAUAACUGAUUAUGAAAUAAUAAUGAAUGGAUAUAAUAAAUUAAAAGAUCCUUUUCAAACAUUAGAUUUAUUUAAUAAAAUCAAAAUUAAUAAUAUUGAAACAAAUGAAAAAAUUUAUCUUAAUGUUAUAAAAGCAUUAUCUGAAAUCGGAGAUUAUUCAUUAUCAGAAUCAAUUAUUCAACAAAUUCCAAAGGAUUUUUUAUUCAAUGAUCAAAUUGAAAAUUCUUUAAUUGCUAUGUGGGGUAAAAAUGGAUGUGUUAAUAAAGCAAAAGAAAUUUUUGACAAAUCUUCUCAACCAGAUCGAAUUGAAUACAAAGCAAUGAUUAAUAGUUAUGGUUUAAAUGGAAUGGGUAUUCAAGCAGUUGAACUUUAUUAUAAAAUGCCAAAAGAACUUCAAGAUGAAAGAACACAUAUUUGUGUUUUAAAUGCAUGUUCACAUUCAGGACUUAUUGAUGAGGCUCGUUUAAUAUUCAAAAAUACUCAAAGAAAAACAAGAAGAAUUUAUACCACGAUGGUUGAUUGUUUAAGUCGUGCAUCACUUUUUAUUGAAGCAGAAAAAUUCAUUGAAGAAUUCGAACGUGAUUAUUCUCCAUAUCUACCUAUGUAUAUGUCAUUAUUAUCAGGUGCCAGAAAUGUUAAUAAUAUGCAUUUAUCAGAAAAAAUUCAUCAUCAAAUGGAAAAAAAAUUUCCUUGCAUGAAAAUUCCAUUAACAUCAGCAUCAGUUCUUCUUUCUAAUGUUUAUGGAUCAUUAGGAGAAAUCGAUAAAGCAUUAAAUAUUCAAAUGAAAAUACAGAAAUCAGGUGUUAACAAGAAAGUUGGUCUUUCAAGGACUGUUGUCAAUGGACAAGGCUAUAAAUUCCGAGCUCAUGAUAAAUCUCACCCACGAUCAAAAGAAAUCUAUGAUGAACUUAAGAAACUUUCUGCAGAACUUAUUGAACAUGGUCAUAAAUAUGAUUCAAGUUGUAUAUCAAGACCAUUGAAUGAAGGUGAAACUGUUGAAUCUGUAUUGAAUGGACAUAGUGAAAGACUGGCAAUAGCAUGGAAUUUUGUUGUAAAUCCCAAUGCAUCACGAAUACAAUUAACAAAAAAUCUUCGUGUUUGUAAAGAUUGUCAUCGAGCAACAAAAUUAAUUGCUUUAAUUCGUCAAUGUGAAAUUAUUGUUCGUGAUGCAAAUAGAAUUCAUCACUUCUAUAAAAAUGGACAAUGUUCAUGUAAAGAUUAUUUUUGA